AUUACUCUCUGAAGUGAAUAAGCAAACGAUUCGCCUGCGGGUUACUUCCACUGCCACGAACGAUCUCCUUCAACCAUCGGAGCACUGGCUUCGCCGGUUCGCAGAGGUCGGCCUCCAUGACCUCGACCUCAGUCGUUGUCGCCAUCUGACUGCAGAAGCCUUACUUGCGGGUCUACAUUUGUGGUUGACAGAGCAUCGGUUGGCCUGUAUCUCCGACCGCUUGGCUGCCUUCCAGCUGCUUGCGUACCCCGUCAGUUGGUUGAUAGUCCGUCGGCUGGAAGGAAUACGUCAGCAUCUCCAUGCCACAACCGAGGCUCCGAUGUCCUCUAUGCUGCCCAGACCCGAUCGGUCUGAUUCACUAUUCGACCUCAGCACUGGUCGUCAACUGUGGGAGUGCCUGGCUAUUGUUCGAAAUUACUUUGACUCCAGUUCUAUCCGCAUUCGACACAUCAUCGACGUGGAUGGGCAACAGAUGAAGAUGGCAAUCGACGACAUAGAUAAUUUGCUCGGAAGCUUCCAAUCUCCAGGCCUUUAUGUGCUGCCGAGUUUAGAAGAAAUUACUUACAGGAAAUUUGCCUCAGCCUGGACAGAACUGCAUAAACUGGCCAUGGAUAAGUAA